AUGCUCGAGCACAACAAGGCGGCCGCUCCAGUCGAGCCCUUUCAGCCUGUCAUCCCCGAGCCGCCGGUCCAGCCUGACAUUGUCGACGCGGCGGAACUGCCCGACCACAUCUCCUUUCUCGACCUGCCGGAGCGCAUCGGCUACCUCAAGGACAUUGGCCUCGACUAUGGCAGGGGCGUGACUGCCUCGUGCGAGUGGCUCCUCGAGCACGUCUACAUCUACACCGGCCUGCCCUGGUGGGGCGCCAUCGCAGCCACUGCCAUCCUCUUCCGCGUCGUCAUGUUCUGGCCCACCGUCGUGAGCACUCGUCACAGCGCCCUCCUACAGAAGGCCCACAAGAGCCCUCAGUACAUCCAGGCCUACCAGGAGAUGCAGGCCGCCAUGCGCCAGACCAAGGACAACACUGCCAUGAUGCAAGCCCGCCAGCAGAUGAAGGAGGUCACCGCCCGGUCCGGCGCCAAGAUGCGCUGGAUUGCCGUCCCGUUCCUCACGGUCCCGUUCAGUUUCGGCAUGUUCCGCCUCCUGCGCGCGAUGGCCGCCAUCCCGGUGCCGACCCUUGAGAACGGCGGUGCCCUGUGGUUCGCGGACCUCACCAUCGCUGACCCCUACUACAUCCUGCCUCUGGCCAACGCGGUGCUGGGUGUCGCCAUGUUCAAGGCCACGCAGAAGAACAACGUCAACCAGACCCCCAUGGCCGCCUCGAUGGGCCAGAUGAUGACCUACGUCCUGCCGCCCCUCGUCUUCCUCACGACGGCCUGGCUCCCCGCCGCCGUGCAGUGGUUCUUCCUGACCCUGACCUCGACGACGACCGCGCAGUCCCUCAUCACCAUGAAUCCGGCCUUCCGCAGGUUCGCCAACCUGCCCGCGAUCGACCAGCGGCCGGCAGCCGCCCUCGCCAGCACGGCCGGGGCCGUCAACGCCGCCUGGCAGGCGCCCAGCUUCGCCGACAAGAUCCGCAACAAUAUGACCGACAUGCGGACCAACAUCAACCAGGCCGUCGGUAACGACGACAAGACCGUCGCGUACAAGAAGGCCAGCGAGUACGAGGAGCGCCGCGCCGAGGAAGAGCGCCAGCAAAUGGAGCGCCGGCUCGAGGACAUGCGCCGCAAGCGUGCGGAGAAGAAGACUAACGGAGGCAGCAGGCGCUAA